GCGGGGGGCGGUGCGGAGCCGAGCAGGACGGCCGCCAUCUUGCGCGGAGCCGGAGUUGGAACCCGAGACCGAGGCCGAGAGUGCGCGCGAGCCUGCGGCCCACUUUAGCCGCGGCUUAGCCGGAGCCUUCUCCCGCCGCCCUUCCGCGCCCGGCCCCUAACCCUCAGUCCGGCCCGGUCCCCUGACCCUCAGCCCGGCCCGGUCCGGCCUCCCCGCGGGGUUACGCGGCCGCCCCGGGGACGAUGAACGGAGGAUAAAUGGUGCCCAAGGCAGACAGCGGUGCCUUCUUGCUGCUCUUCCUGCUAGUGCUCACCGUCACCGAGCCGCUGCGGCCAGAGCUGCGGUGCAACCCCGGGCAGUUUGCCUGUCGCAGCGGCGCCAUCCAGUGCAUCCCCCUCCCCUGGCAGUGUGACGGCUGGGUGACUUGUGAGGAUGAGAGCGACGAAGCCGACUGUCCAGAAGUGACUGGAGAGUCGCGUCCUUAUCAUGGGAAGGAGGCUGUGGAUCCGCGGCCGGGGCGGGCCCGAGGCAGCGACCCCAAGCACUUCCACGCGGUGAAUGUGGCUCAGCCCGUGCGCUUUAGCAGUUUCCUAGGGAAGUGCCCGACAGGAUGGCAUCACUAUGAAGGCACGGCCAGCUGCUACCGGGUCUACCUGAGCGGAGAGAACUACUGGGACGCUGCGCAGACCUGCCAGCGCGUCAACGGCUCCCUUGCCACCUUCUCCACUGACCAGGAGCUGCGCUUCGUCCUGGCCCAGGAAUGGGACCAGCCAGAGCGGAGCUUCGCUUGGCAGGACCAGCACAAGCUGUGGGUCGGCUACCAGUAUGUCAUUGCCAGCCGGAACCGCUCCUUGGGUCGCUGGGAGGUAGCCUUCAAGGGUUCCUCAGAGGUGUUCCUGCCCCCAGACCCCAUCUUCGCGUCGGCCAUGUCGGAAAGCGACAGCGUGUUCUGCGCCCAGCUCCAGUGCUUCCAUUUCCCCACCCUCCGCCACCACGACCUGCACAGCUGGCAUGCCGAGAACUGCUACGAGAAGUCUUCGUUUCUCUGUAAAAGAAGUCAAACAUGCGUUGACAUCAAGGACAAUGUGGUGGAUGAAGGUUUCUACUUCACACCCAAAGGAGACGACCCAUGCCUGAGCUGCACCUGCCAUGGUGGGGAGCCCGAGAUGUGUGUGGCUGCCCUCUGUGAGAGGCCCCAGGGCUGCCAGCAGUACCGCAAGGACCCCAAGGAAUGCUGCAAGUUCAUGUGCCUGGACCCAGAUGGCAACAGCCUGUUCGACUCCAUGGCCAGUGGGAUGCGUCUGAUCGUUAGCUGCAUCUCCUCCUUCCUCAUCCUGUCACUGCUGCUUUUCAUGGUCCACCGGCUUCGCCAGAGGCGGCGGGAACGCAUUGAGUCCCUGAUUGGAGCCAACUUGCACCACUUCAACCUCGGCCGGAGGAUCCCCGGCUUUGAUUAUGGCCCAGACGGGUUCGGGACCGGCCUCACACCACUACACCUUUCUGAUGACGGGGAAGGUGGCACGUUCCACUUCCACGACCCUCCGCCUCCCUACACCGCAUACAAGUACCCAGACAUCGACCAGCCUGAUGAUCCGCCGCCGCCCUACGAGGCCUCCGUCAACCCUGACAGCGUGUUCUACGACCCCGCAGACGACGAUGCCUUUGAGCCAGCAGAGGCCAGGCCGCCCACCCCAGGGGAUGGUAGCGGUGAAUGUGCAUCCCCCCGGCGCCUGGAGCACCCUCUGCCCGCCGCAGGGGCCUCUCUGGCCGACCUGGAAGACUCAGCCGACAGCAGCAGUGCCCUGCUUGUACCCCCUGACCCUGGCCAGAGUGGGAGCACCGCGGCCACAGAGGUGCUGCCGGGGGGCGGCUGCCACAGCCGCAGUUCCCUCAGUACCGUGGUGUAGAGGACGGCCCGGCCCACGGCCCUGACGGGCAGAGAGUACCUUUUUGCUGUCUUGCUGUCAAGAAGACCUUGAUCCCCACGGGAGACUUACAGGGCCCUUGAGUGAGCCUGGACCCGGCUGCACGGCCACACACCCACCGAUGGCGUGCGUGUGCACGCACACAGACUGCACUGGCCUCCCGAGGGAGCAGAUACCUGCACCGGGUCUCCUGGAGGGCUCCAGAAACAUGCAUAGCUGUCGGGCCCUGUCUGUUUCUUUUCAAAUGGCAGAAGAAUGGCGAAGUUCGUUCAGACCACACGUUUCAGAAGCAGGGAACAAAGAGGGCACUGUGGGCAGGGGCAGGGGCCAAACCACACCUGGCUUUGGUGGGCUUGCUGGCUGCAGCAUGCCGUCCAGAGGAGCCUGCCAAACGGCCACCGAGCCCCAGCUGCCAGGAGGCGGGAGGGGCGCUUCCAGGCACUGCUGUGUUUGUGGACUGUCUGUUGUCCGGGCACUUGGUCUGCCUCAGGGUAGACGGCCUUGGAGGUUACACAGUGACUGCUCUGAGGAUCCCCCCCACCCCAGCUGUGAACAUCAAGGGUGACCCUGCCCCGGGCUGGGGGCUGUCCUGGACCGCUGGUGCCCGAGGCCCUGAGAAGGGGGUCAUGGAAGGAGGUUGAACUCUCCACUGCGAAUCCCAGUUCUGUGCCAGGAGGCCCUGGCCCCACCCUGUCAUUUUUCUCCCCAGCAUUGCUGUGCAUGGCUCCCCCAAGAGGCAGCCCUGGAGUUGGGCCAAGACCCUUAGCCAGGCAUGAGUGUUCUGGCCCUGGAUCCUCUGUUGGGGGUUGGGGGCUAAGCCGGCUCCUGUCUGCUACCCUCUGGAGCCCCCAGUCCUAUUGAAUUUGCCCCUGGGCCUGGCCUGCCCCUCACCCCAUUUGUUUGUGCCAUAAGGGGUUCUUUCUUUGUGGGGAGGGGUGGCUGAAAUGAAAGCCCCGGGCUGUGUCCAUCUCCUGAAAGUCCACUUGCACACUAUCACCACUGGGGCCGAGAGCCCAGUGGCCACAUGCCACCUUCCCGUGCUCCUCAGCAGCUUGGGGUGCGGGGUACCCUGCCCAGGGGCCUUUGGACGAAGCGACCCUAUUGCCUGCUCCUGGGCAGUGGUCUCGUCUCCUGACACGGGGCUUUUAGCAUUUCUGAGGUUUGGAGAUUAAGCGGGUUCUGUGCGAUUUUUAGCACAUCCAUAUCUUUUCUACGUUGAAUGUCUGGAUCUUUUCCUUUUGUGUGUGCGUAUCUGUGUGUGUGUGUACAUAUGUGUCCAAGUUUUGCAGGUGGUGGCGGUACACCGGAACUCGGGCAUGAGGCCCCAGUUUCCCAGGCCAGCCGUGGCCUCGGGGCUGGCACUGAGGCACAGCCAGGUCUGCACCUCCACCCCUGAGGUGGAGGCCGAGAGCAUGGAGCCCUGCUCCUGGUCCCCCGUGGAGCCUUUCCAGACCAGCAUGCACUGACCGGAGGGUUGACUAGAAUUGGGUGCUUCUGUGGGGCUUUGUGGUGACAGACCUCGUUGGCACGUUCUCACACUCUCCCAUUGGAAACCCAUUGUGUUCUUCCAGUAUGGAAUGCGAUUUUUGAGUUGCCCUACAGAACUGUCAUCCCCUGAGCCCGCCAGAGGUGUAAAUUCUGAACAGCCUGUCCAGGAUCACAGGAUCCAGAGUGCUGGAGGCAGGCCUCAGGCAGGUGGGCUGCGUGCCACACAGGCCUGAGCUCCCCUUGCCAAAGGACUGCUACUUCGAGAAAGGCCUCCUGGGCCCAUGUGGCCCACGCCGGCGGCUGAAGACAGCAGGAAGCGUAUUGGGCCGCCAGCGUGCUGGGCUCCGGGCAGCUGAGGGCUAGAGAGCAAUCACGGGUCUUACUGGUGCCAGGUGAGUGUCCUGAGCGUGUCUGCUUUGGAGUGACCACCACAGCGGAGCACAGAGGGGCCUGACCUCUACAGCUGAGAGGCCUUCACAGCUCCCAUGUCUCUGGCCCCACAUCUCAGAACCAUGUGUAGAGGGCAGGACGGUUGGCACAAGGGGCAUGGGACUGGGGAACUCCCUCUGGAGACCGAAGGACUGCUGGAGCCAAUUAGGCACGCGGGAGGCAUCGAGGAGAGAGGGACCUGAGACGCUGGGCCUGCUUCUGGACCGGCCCGGGCUCUGUCCCGGCACCAGGGUGCUCAGCCCACCGGUGUCCAUGGGCUGGGCAGAAGGCCCGCGAGCAGUACUGCUCCAGACCCCUGCCCGCUGUGUCUGCAGGAGUUGGUGCCCGGGAGCUGACCUCUGCUGGACAGCGGUUCUGAGGGGAACAAGGUGGGGAGCUGGGGUCUGCCUGGCUGGCCUUGGCCUCCUGUCCAGUUGCCACCCUAUGUAAGAUCUGACUGCUCUACGGCCCAAUGAAGAAUCCCGAGGCCAGCCCUAACAGACUCUCGUGCUCCUGGGAGAGACUGGGCCCCCAGAGGUACAGGCCAAGCUCUUGGGAGGGGCCUCCUCCCCCCGGGGGCCUGACUUACCUGGUGGAGGAAGGAGUCGAUACUGUACAUUGUCUCGAUGCCUGUUUUUUGUUUUUCUUUCACUAAGGGUUUUUAGUUUGGGGUUACUUUUGGUUGGGUUGGCACUAAUCCUUUUCUUAAGAUGCUGUGAGAACCAUUUCGUCCAAAUGCCAAAUAAAUUUGUGUUCUGGAA